GGUCUUCAGUUUAUUUAACUAGGUACUUACCUUCGGUGAAAACUCGAUAAGUCUAGUGCAAUAUAAGAUUGAACAAUCUAGUUGGCCGAAUGGUCAAACUCGCCCGUGAUUAUUGUCAUAAUUAAGCUGUUCUGGUCAAGGAAUUUGUGAUUAUAGUGUGAUGUUAUAUCGGAUAGGCAGCUAGCAUGCUCCAACAAAAUGUUGGAUGGCGUGGGGCGUGUUCGCGUUCAGUAGAGACGGCCGCGCGCGGCUGGCGGGGGUGCUCCGCGCGUUGCUCAUCGCCCAGCUCGUGGUCUCCUUGUGCAUGGUCAUCUUCUGCUACAACACCAGUCUCCGGGUCAUGCUGCUGCUUAAGCAUAUACAUAAGGUAACAGUCCUCCUCCUCUACGGUCUGAUCCUGUUCCAAGCUUACGGCAUGAAGCUGCACUACACCGGGGGGUUGCGGCUCAUCGCCGUGCUGCUGAAGUGUCCUCACUGGAAGAGGGCCACGCUUGUCAGUAGCGUGUGGAUGCUCAGUGGGUCGCUGGUGGCUGCUAAUGGCAUGCUCGUGUAUGCUGCUUGUAGGGGGACCUUGAAGGCUCUGAUGAAGGAGCUGUCUUCGUCACUGCGUAUCGGAAUAUCACAGUACUUGACGGAACCCACGUGGAAAGCGCUCUUGGAUACCAUGCAGGUGGAGUUAAGUUGCUGCGGAGCAGACAAACCAACAGAUUGGCACGACAUACCAUGGAUAAACAUGGACUUUCUAAACGAAGGCUCAGAACUAGUUAUGAAGCUGGCGGGGGCUGACGGGAAGGUACUGCCCCCUGUGUCUCCGUACUCUUGUUGCACGCCGAGAGUGCUGGCACCGUGUUACCACGACCCCUUACAACAGUCGGAGUGGCGCGAGGUGUGGUCGGAGAGCUCGCCGCUGCUGUCGGCGUCGCUGCACACGCGCGGCUGCGUGGAGGCGGUGCGGGCGCCGCUCACGCGCGCGCUGCUCGCGCUGCAGUGCUUCAACAUGCUCGUCUUCCUCUUCCAAAUCCUGAUAGUGGUGCUGACGCAGCUACUCCGCACGAGCGCGCGGGCGGCGGUGCUGCGCGGCGACUGCAGCGGCGUGGGGCCCGCCGUGCUGCUCGGCUCGCUGCCCGUACAGAUGUCCGGACCGCGAGGCAGCUCAAGUCGGGAAGAGCUACGAGAGGGAUGCUCGAGUACGAGCGCGGUGGGCGGUACGUACACCGCCAACUGGACACAUCGCCGCACUCGCCGGAGACACACCUACCUCCGGACCAGGACCAGCUAUCCUUACUUGUCUUAGCAGAACCUUUUUGAAGAACGCUUGUGUGGAAAAGACCCAGUUGUGCGUGUGUUGUGCGGGGUUAUAAAGUGAGAUGACAGUUAAAGU